ACAAAGGUUCUAAAAUUCUUUUUUAAGUGGUGUACACAAACGUUCGAUUCUUCCGAAGUCUUCCAAAACAGCUCGACGUCAUACGGAACACAUCGAUUGUGCUCUCAGGAGGAAUAGACUAUGAACGCUGGCACAGUUUUGCAAUUGUAAUUCUCUGUGAUUUUGUGCAAGAAACACUUGAAGUUCAAACCAUCGCUGCAUUGCUUUUCCCUGCUUUUUGACCAAAGUUUUCGUCCGGUCCUUCAUCUUCUGAAACAGCUAGAUGUCACACAUCGAUUGUGCACUCAGGAGGAAUUGGCUUUGAACACUGACACAGUUUUGCAAUUCCUUCUUUGGAUUUUGCAGUAAUACAAAACUUUUUUACUCCUAUGUUUGGAUGUUUUAAAAUGAGUAAAUCUCAUCGAUUAAGCUACAUUUUCCAUGAAAAUGCUAAUCGUUACGGUACCAGACGAAUGCGUAGGAAACAAGCUUUCCUGAGGAAUGAUGCCGCCAUACCGUCCACCAGUGAUGAUCCAACCAUGCCGUCGGUGAGUAAGGAUCCCACCAGGCCGUCCGCGAGAAAAUAUGCCGAUGACGAUUUGCUUUCACCACCUCCAGUGAAACUACGUUCCUUCUCGAAUUAUGCAACAUUCCAUUCACCGGUAUUGGAUUCAUCUGACACAUCGUCUGAAGAAGCGGAUACCAUCGAUCUAGAAUUCAGGACAAAAAAAGAAAAAAAUCAUCCCUCUUUACGGUGUGGGUCCAAAGAGCAGAUCAGCAGUGAGGGCUCUUCUUUUGAAGAACAAAUGGAUUGUCCUGACAAAGACGACGAAUGUAACGAAACAGAUAUUAAUUUUGAUGAGGGAAAGGUACACACAACUAACGUUUAG